AUGGCAACUCCAGACCUUUCGCUGGCCGAGAAGCUUCGCUCAUACUCCACGUGCGAUGUUUCAGACGCGUUGCUCAAAGUAGGCGUUCCUCAUGGCGGCUUUCUUCCCAACUUGAGCAUGCGGUCACCUCUACGACAAGAAGGCGAUAGAAAGCUCAUUGGACCAGCGUACACUGUCAAGUUUGUCCGCAACACUCAGACUAACGCGCCAAAGCUCAAGGAGCAUUAUAUUGAUACUAUCCCAAAAGACCAUGUCGUCUUUAUCUCAGCGCCCCAUGGCAUCUUCAACGCUGUGUAUGGCGGUCUGAUGAGCACCCGUGCUAAGUACUCUGGAGCUGUCGGCACGGUUGUCGACGGUACUUUUCGAGAUUUGCAGGAUCAUCGCAAAUUAGGUUACCCAGUUUUCGCUCGCAAUGUUGGUACGCCGAGCUUCUAUGAGAUUGCGCGCCCCAGUGAGAUCAAUGUGCCUGUGAUGUUGCAGGACCCUGCCCUCGAUGUGACAAUUAAUCCUGGAGAUAUCAUAUUUGGAGAUUUAAAUGGCGUUGUUUGCGUGCCUCAGAAUGCGCUGUCCAAGAUCGUUGAGAUCCUACCAGCACAAGUUGAGGCUGAUGAUAACAUGGCACGCGAUAUCGCGCAAGGCAAGACUUUCACAGCGGCAAAGAAAGAGUAUCGUUGA